AGUCCACCUCCAGUCAUUUCUGACAGCCGCUCUUUUGGUUAUGUUUUGAUUCGGCACAAUUGGAUCAAUAAGCAUGAAAUUGCUGUAAUUAUCUUUAGCAAUGCUGUUGCUGUCCUAAUUUAAAAUAUGUGAAUGUUGGCAGUUUUGUGCGAGAAAUGGCAGUACUGUUAUGCGCGAUAUUCCUACUGUUGCGACUGAAAGGGGCGUUAAACCAGUCGCAACAGUUGCAGCUCAUCUCCAAGAGCCAUUCUCCCCAUCUGGAGACCUAUUCCACGUAUUCAGACUCUGUGAUAAUGCAUUUUACUGUGCCCGACAAUACCAUCAAUGCAUCGUUCGUCUUUGCAGCCUCACAGCAGGAUCUUUCAAUAUUUGGUUGCACUGUUCGAAAUGUGUCGCUCUAUCUCAAGCAUGGAGCUCCGCCCGUGAUCAAUCCGGACGGAUCGCCGUUUCCUGAGGAGUUCCGCAACAUAUCCAGACCGCCAACGUAUAAUCUGGAGUUUCUAACCGAUCAAAAGCAAUCGUACAUAAAUGUCUCGUCACCUGAGCCUGGGAUGUAUUUUGCGGCAAUUUUUUUGGCCUAUGAAGAUCCCCGCUUCCAGAAAAUAUCCCAACAAGGUUUAACCCAGUCCUGCCGAGCAUACAUUGACGCCUCAGUUUACGUCUCCAGAGUGGAAAAUCCGACAAUAAUUUCCGAAAACCGCAUAGUUGAAGUGGUACUUUCGAACGCGAGCAGGCAUUUUACCUUUUUGGCUCCGGAGGGUCUGGACAGUGCUCUGGUUGAUGUGGAAAUCGCCGAUAUUCCCUCCAAAGUUAAGCGAGUGGUUUUGAGGAUUGGAGCGCGCAGUCCGCCGACAGAGAAAGUUUUUUUGGUUGAGAAGCUUCUGAAUGCUUCCGAUCCAUCCGCGCAAAUCGCCUUUGGGGCUGAGCCCCGAACCUGGUAUUACCUGGCUGUGUCUGCUGAGUCUAGUUCCGAUGCUAGCGAAAAAGUGGCCCUGAAUCUUCACCCGAAGUUCUUCUCAAGCAAACUGCCAUCAUCGGAUACGUUUGUGGCUCAGAAGCACGGCAACGCCACUCUGUACAAUAUGUCGGUGGUCCAUAAGUACUACCAAAUGUUCCGGCUCGCAGACGUCCAGCCGUACAAGCAGUUCGAUUUGGUGCGCGAUUCGGCUACGGAGAGUUUCGCCUUUUUCUACAAACUGCAGCCCGAGCUCGCCAGCAACUCGUUCGUGCCGAUCAAUGUGACCAGCGAGGAGUUCUCUGUGCUCAAGUUCGAGUUGCAAAGGGGCGUCGACAUCGGGGGCACCUUGCAGUACAUUCUGGCCUUCAAGCCCCGCAUUUCCCGGACCAAACACACCCUCCGGUUGCUUCCGGAGCCGGAAAGUCACACUAUUGUCGGCUGCAUCCAGAGGAACCACUUGGCCGUGCCAGUUUGGCCCAAAUAUUGCGCGUCUGAUGAAGACUCCUUUCUGGCGCCGAUCGUCCUGAACGCCACAGUCAGCAACUCCACAGUUUUGAUCCCUUUUCCGGAAAGCGGCGAUUGGUAUGCUUCGUUCAAGUUGUUCUGCGGCUCUUGCGAGCCGUGUGACUGUCCUGCCGCCUGCCAGGCCGAGUACGAGAGAUGCACGAUUGGGUGCGAGUUGAGUUCGUCCGAAAAUUGCGUGGCCGAGUGCAGCUCCAAAGCGCUGAGCUCGGAGAAGUGCGCAGCAUGCGACUGUGAUGGGCCUUGCCGGAGGAAUUCUUCUAGAUCGUGCAGCAGCAGCGUGAUCUUCGAUGUGAGCUCGCGCCCGUGCUACUUUGGGGAAUGCGGCAAGCAAGGGGAGUGUGGCCUGUUUAUUUCGGAUGGAGUUGCCUAUUCUUCGUGCCGAUGCAGCAACAAUUACCGAGGUUUUGAUUGCUCCGAUGGAUCUCUGGCCACGCCCUACUACCUGGUGCUCAUAGAGUUCCUCCUUCUGAUUUUAAGCAAUGUGUUCUUUUUGCCGGCCACUUACAUCGCAUUCCGGCGCCGAUACUACGUAGAGACGCUCGCCUACUUCUCCAUUUUCCUGUCCUCGUCCUUCUACCAUGCAUGCGACGCUGGUGAGAACAUUCUCAGCUUUUGCGUCUUCAGAUUAGGGGCCUUGCAGUUUGCAGACUUUUUCUCCGCUCUGUUGGCCAUUUGGCUCACGUUGUUGGCCAUCGCCGACCUGCCCCAGUUGGCUCUAUCGCUGCUCCAAAUGGGCGGGUCAAUUAUCAUAGCUUUCUGUGUUAAUUUGAACCGGUAUGCCCUAUGGAUAUUUGCGCUGCCCUCUGUGGUAGGCGUCGUUAUUAUAGGCGUCAGUUGGUACCUAAAGUACAGGAAAUAUCGCUGCAGAUUUGUGGACAGACGGUACCUCUAUGUGAUGAUGCCCAUUGGGGCGGCUGUGGUGGCCAUCGGUUUGGGUAUCUACGGGAUAUUGCAGACGCAAGACAAUUACAAGUAUUUGCAUUCUUUGUGGCACAUUAUAAUGGCAACGGGAGUGUUCUUUUUGCUGCCACAACAGGACACUUUUGAAGUCGCAGUAUUGUUGUCGUGAUGAUGUUGGACGUUUCAGUUGCUCGCGAUUUAUUAGCUGAAUGUUAUUUAAAUGAUAAUUAGGCAAUUUUU